AUAUUUUCUUCUCUGGUUGCCCUUGAUUAAACAAUUAUACACGUUUUUAGAGGGGGAGAGAGCUAUGGAAUACGUACGUCUGAUCAAAUUAAAAUACUAAAAAUGGGCAGUACUUCCCCGCUCAAUCAAAUUUCUUUAUUGCACUUGCUUUGAACAUAUAUUAUUAAUAAGGGAUCAACAGUUUGUAUGGCUUCAGUUUGUGCACUUAUCGUGUUUUGUUUCUCAGUUGUUACUUCCAUACAUUAGAACUUACAUCUUAUAGUCUUAACAAUCACACUAAACCUAACCUUAAUGAUGGAAACAGGUGUAGCAGAAUCGUUUAGAAAUGGGAUAGUUUUAAUAACAGGAAGUACUGGAUUUUUGGGGAAAAUACUCUCUGAAAAAUUACUCAGAUCUUGUCCUGUCAAAAAUAUUGUGUUGCUUGUCAGAAGUAAAAAAGAUCUAAGUGCUAGCCAAAGGGUUGCAAAAAUAUUCAAGCAAACUCUUUUUGAUCGAAUUCGUCAUGAAAAACCAGAUUUUAUGAAGUCCAUUAAAAUUAUUGAAGGAAAUUUAGAGGAAUCAUCAAUGGGAUUAUCGUUAAAUGACCUUGCCUGGAUGAUAGAAAAUGUUAACUUCAUUUUUCAUUGCGCAGCAACGAUUAAGUUCAACGAACCACUGGAGUUAGCAUCAAAAAUAAAUAUUCAAGGGACCGAAAAUUUGCUGGCAUUAGCGUCAAAAAUGAAAAAUCUUAAGGGUUUCGUUCACGUGUCGACCGCUUAUUCACACUGUCCGAGGAAAGAAAUCAAAGAAGAAUACUAUAAGGUCCCGGUCACAGUUACAGAGUUGAAAAAUAUGUUGGUUGAUAACGUACCAACUUCUAAAAUCAUAGAGGAUUGGCCCAACACUUAUACUUUUACGAAAGCAGUCACGGAAAACAUGAUACUGACAAAUGGAAAUCGCUUGCCGAUAUCAAUAUUUCGUCCUUCAAUCAUCGGAUGCACGCAUUCUGAACCGGAACCUGGCUGGUUAGAAAACAUGAACGGACCAACGGGCUUGGUUACCGCAGCCGUGGUUGGAUUUUUAAGGACGGCACCAAACAUCGGGAGCAAAAUCACAGAUAUUAUCCCUGCAGAUUACACCGUAAACGCAUUGAUUAGCGUCAUGUGGGACACAGUCAACAGGCAAAAACGAUCGAAUGGCGGAAACGAGGUGCCGAAAAUAUAUAAUUACGUUUCUUGUGUCGAAAGCUCGUUGACUUGGGGUAGAUUUAUCAGAGAAAUGCACGGUCAAUAUUAUUUAGCUCCCCCUUUGCAAUCAAUGUGGUACGCUUUUUAUAUUUUCUACACAAAUUUCACUGUUGGAAGCAUUUUGAGAUUUUUCUUGCACCGAAUACCAGGCGCAUUUAUGGACUUGGCGUUGAUUAUACGUGGUAAAUCUCCCAAAAUGUUAAAAAUGUAUGCAAAAACAGAGAAUAUGGUCGAUUUACUUUACGAUUUUUCUACCAGGCAGUGGAAAUUUGACAAUAAAAAUACUAGACAGUUGUGGUUGUCACUAAGUAAAGACGAUCGCAAUAUGUUCCAGUUCAGUUUAAAAUCAUUUGAUUGGAAGUCGUAUAUACAAUCCUAUUAUUAUGGUAUCAGAACACAUAUACUUCAUGAAGACAUAAGUAACAUUGAAAAUGCUAUAUCAAAAAAUAAAAGGUUAUUGAGGCUGCAUCAGUUGUGUGUUGUUCUAGUUAUUUAUCUCGUGUUCCAAUUGUGUUGGAUAUUUAUAAAGUAUUUGUUUUGAAUGAUUAGUCGCUAUUACAUUUGUAUUUAAUAUUGUAUUUUAAAAGUAUACCUACCUAUUGUAAGCAAAUAAAU